AUGGCCCGCCAUGGGAAAUCCAAGGCCCGGGCCAAAAGGCCACCUGCAAGGGUGAUAUCAAGUUCGCCACAUCGGUUCACCAUGCAGCAGGAGGCCCGCAAUACCGAAACACACACACGGGACUGGCUGAGUAGUAGUCUCCGCCACAAGGCCGUGCAGUUCGUCAAGGCCGGGGAGCUACAACGGAGUGAAUUCGAGAAGGUCGACCAACCAGAUCCAGGAAGCCAUGAUCAACUGGGAGACGACUCCCAAAGGGCAUCACCCGACGGGGCUAGUCCACCAGAACUGAUGCAACAGGAUGCCGAAUGCGGCUUCUUCUUUGAUGCCACGCCCCAGGCCGUGACCGACACAGGGCUCCCAGACCCGAUCAUACGAACCGAAUGGAGCGACCCCGAUGAAUCGAGCGAGGACGAAGUGGUGUUUACAGGUCGAAAGACCGGCACGAGGCCGAUCGUGAUAGAGACUAGCCAGGAAGAGCUUCAAGUAUUGUUGCAGGCACCACCGACGGAGCCGCUGGCGACCCAACAUGGACCGGUGGCGGUAGACGCUCCAACAAGCCAGAUCCCCCGAUCGGAGCAGAGCCAGAAUCACGCGCAGGCACAUGCACAGGACACACGUAGAUGGACACGAGAAGACGAGGAUACCAUGUUGGCAGAUUACAUCGCCAACAUGGACACUGAUUACCACGAGGACACGUACUCUCGCCUGCAUGCAGACCUUGAAGGCGGCAUUGACGUUGCCCAGGCUGCAACAGACUCAAUGUCAUCCUUGCCCGACCUGGACAAAGCCAGCGAAGGAGUGCCUCAGGUGGAUCGUACUUCAGUGGAAGGCGUCUCCAAGGAGGCACAUGUCCAAAGCUCGAUUGAUGACACAGUAUUCUCUCGGAUGCGUCUCGAUACAGAAACAGAUCAGGUCCCUGAUUCGAGUGAUGACGAUGAUGAAGAAGACGAUGAUGAGGAGGAGGACGAGGACGACGACAACGACGUGAACCUGGAUUCGUCGGAUGAAUUUGACGUGGAUUCUGACGAUGAGGAUCUGGAUACAGAAUUGCUGGAAGACUUGGCGAUCAACUAUCUUACCGACAAAAAGAAAGGCGGGCGUGCCGGCAAAAUCUCAUUUGCAUCGGCUACGGCAUUCGCAGAUGCCCUCGAGGCAGAUCCCUACUAUGGACUCGACAUGAUGGACUUCAAUCGACCAAGCCUGCAGAAGAAGGGCAAAGGCAAGAAACCACCGACCCUGGACAUGAUGUUUUCCGAUAGCGACCUCGAAGCCCACCUGCAUGAAGUGUGGCAGACCGAUCGCAAGAAGAAGAAAGCAAAGAAGCAGGAACGAGAAGAGCUUCGCGCCCAGGGGCUGCUAGGUAGGAACAAUGGAGAGGCAGAUCUCAAAGUCAAAUAUUCCAAGGGGAUGAACCUCGAGGAAUUGAUCACCGAGAUUCGAUCUUUCCUGUUGUCAUCCAAUACCAGUCUUUCAUUGCCAGCGAUGACGAAGCACCGUCGGAAGACGAUACACGAGCUGGCAAACUCGAUGCACCUGAAAUCGCAAUCCCGAGGCAAUGGACCCUCACGGUUCCCCAUGCUCCUCAAGACCUCUCGCACCCCCAUCUAUACCCGCAAGACUAUCUCCAAAGUGGAUGAUCUGCUAUCUGGCAAAAAGCUCAAUCGCCGACUCUUCCAGUCCUGGGGCGCAGAUGCAUCCAAGUACAGCAAGCCCGUCAAGGUCAAACGGGGGGCCGUUGGAGGUGCGGUUUCCUAUAUGGAUGGCGACGUGGUUGGUGGCACUGCUCCAGAGAUCGGGGCCGGGAAUCGAGGACGUGCCAUGCUGGAAAAGAUGGGAUGGAGCAGUGGCACCGCGCUCGGGGCUGUUAACAACAAGGGCAUUCUGCUCCCCGUCCCGCAUGUGGUGAAGAAUUCUCGGACGGGUCUGGGAUAA